AUGAAGACCAUCAUAAGCCUCUUCCUCCUUUCCUUUGUCUUGACUGUCAACAGUCAGAAUGAAGCUAGAAAGUGGUUUGGUGAAGGUGUUAAGGAAGUGUGUUCGUUUAUCUGUGAGGUGGAUUCUGUUAAUGAUUUACCUCCUGGUGGAAAUGAUGCAACCGGUUCUAUUCUCUAUCGUUCUGUGGCCUUUCUUCUCACAGAACUGGCAGGAAAGCUGACUCCAACUCAAGGGGAGAUGAGGAAAAACCACCGUCUGAAAAUUGGCUUCUUCAAUCAGCAGUAUGCAGAGCAACUACGCAUGGAAGAGACUGCCACCGAGUACCUUCAGCAGGGCUUCAACAUGCCUUACCAGGACGCCAGAAAGUGUCUGGGCCGAUUUGGCCUGGAGAGCCAUGCCCAUACCAUCCAGAUCUGCAAACUCUCAGGUGGACAGAAAGCUCGAGUAGUGUUUGCUGAGCUGGCCUGUCGGGAGCCAGAUGUCCUCAUACUGGAUGAACCAACCAACAACUUGGAUAUAGAGUCUAUUGACGCUUUGGGAGAAGCUAUCAAUGAAUACAAGGGUGCUGUAAUUGUCGUCAGUCAUGAUGCUUGGCUAAUCACAGAAACCAACUGCCAGCUUUGGGUGGUAGAAGAGCAGCGUGUUAGCCAGAUUGAUGGAGACUUCGAAGACUAUAAGAGGGAGGUGCUGGAGGCCCUGGGUGAGGUCAUGGUCAAUCGACCUCGGGAGUGA